AUCUACUCGUAUCCUCAUCUAACCUGUCCUUUCUUAUAUUACGCCCUUUUCCCACUCUUUUUCUUGUUUCCUUGCCUAUUCAGUCUCUUCACUGAUACCCAUCCACACUCGGAGAGCGGUCCAGCUCUCACCGUCCCUUCCAGCAUGCCUGGCGAACGACCGCUUUUGGCCAACCGAGCAUCCGACGAACUUUCGAACGGUCGCGACCUCGCCGAAGAAGAUGCCCUCCUGACCGGCCAACCUACGCAGCGCGAUGGUCCUCGAACAUGGAAGUUCUGGCGAGAGCUAGGUCUCUUCGUCUGGGCCGUCCUAGCAACUACCCUUGUUAUCAUCCUCGCCGUUAUCUAUCAAAAGUCACAAGAUCCUAAACACACCAGUCCUCAUCCCAACGGAAAGAGGAAUCUUAUAUUCAUGGUUAGCGAUGGCAUGGGUCCGACAAGUCUUAGCCUUACGAGAAGCUUUAUGCAGUAUCAAAAUGGCGAGCCAUGGAGCAGACAAUUGGUUAUCGAUCAACACAUGAUAGGGCAAUCGCGUACUCGCUCAAGCUCGAGUCUGGUCACAGACUCGGCUGCGGGUGCGACGGCCUUUUCUUGUGCUUCCAAGAGUUACAACGGUGCUAUUUCUGUAACGCCAGAUCAUGAACCAUGUGGGACUGUGCUCGAAGCCGCAAAGAAGGCCGGCUACAUGACUGGCUUGGUCGUUACUACUCGGAUUACAGACGCAACACCCGCAUGCUUCGCUGCACACGUCAACAUGCGAUCAGAGGAGGAUCGCAUUGCAGAACAAAUGGUUGGAGAUUAUCCGUUGGGUCGCGUUGUCGAUUUGAUGUUAGGAGGAGGACGCUGCCAUUUCUUAGCCAACACCACCGAGGGCUCAUGCCGGGCGGAUGAUAAAGACGUCAUUUCAUUGGCGAAGAGCAACGGUUUCAAUUACAUUUCCGACCGCAAGGCAUUUGACGAUUUAAAGGGUGGAAAGGCACUGGAAUUCCCCAUGCUAGGGCUCUUUUCCCCAACCGACAUUCCCUACGAGAUCGACCGCCGCAACGAAAACGAUAUCUACCCAUCUCUCGACGAAAUGGCCGAAGCUGCGCUCGUCGCCCUCAGUGAGGCAACUAAGGAUAGCGAAAAGGGUUUCUUCCUCAUGAUUGAAGGAAGCCGUAUCGAUCACGCUGGUCAUCACAACGAUCCCGCAGCCCAGGUACAUGAGGUCCUUGCCUAUGACAAGGCCUUCUCAACCGUACUCGAGUUUUUGAAGAAUGAUCCUACUGAGGGUAUCAUGGUUUCUACAUCCGAUCAUGAGACCGGUGGUCUUGCAACUGCGCGACAGCUCCAUGCAACCUACCCCGAAUAUCUCUGGUACCCCGGUGCUCUCGCCAACGCUACCCACUCCGCCGAACGUCUCGAUCUUGAAUACAAGGAUUACCUAGAGACCAGCCAUCCAUCGACUUCCGACAAGGCCGAAUUCGUCCGUAAAUCCAUCUCAGAAGGCCUAGGCAUCAAAGACUUCGCCCAGGAAGAAGUCGACAAGCUCCUCACGGAACCAGACACCGCUCUCUACCAAUACGCCGACAUGAUCUCCCGUCGCAGCCAGACGGGCUGGUCAACCCACGGCCACUCCGGCGCGGACGUGAACAUCUACUCGAGCGACCCCAAAGCCGCACUUGCCCUCGUAGGAAACCACGAGAACACCGAAGUCGGCGACUUCCUCCGCAACUACCUGGGUGUGGACGUCGACGCCAUCACCGAGGAACUCAAGCAGAAGGGCGCGAGCCUGAACGUACAAGCUGCCGACGGCUCAGAAGUCAGCUGGAUGGGUCCGAUCCCGGAAGACGGCCAGCGACUCGACGGCCAGACCCACCUCGCCAGCUACAGUGGCGAUUUUAGGAAGAGGCAUCUCGUGCAUGGUAGAGGUUGCGAUUGCGAGCAUUAGGUCUAGUCACGUAGGAUUCGUUACAUAUUCGAAGUUAAUCUUUUCGGUUUCGCAUUGGCGCAUGUCUAUUUGGCGUUAUAGUUGAGUUCUUGGGUAGCUCUGGUCAUUUGUAUAGACCACAUGCUUUGUCUGUUUACACUCAUCGAGCAAUCAUAUACGUUACUGUUAUAUAUAAGAUACCUAAAUCACAUCCUCCCUCCCUACGGGGGGAACUAUUAUUCAC